UUGUGUUUAUGUGCUGAGUAUACCAGACCCAAUACACGUCGGUGUGAGUGUCUUUUGCAGCCGAGUUAUUGAAUAAAAUAGGACAGAUGUAGAGAGAGGUGAAGUGUGGAUAAUAGCCGGUGUUCUGACAAUCUGAGCUGCUCACCCAGCAUGAGUUACAAGUGGAAUUAAAGUACUGUGAAGUGAGUUAUCUCAUUCUGUCCGGUGGGUAAAAAGUACGGAUAAAAAUCACAUUACAUUAAUUUGGUAGACUCAAUCCAUCAAUCUACACACACACAGUUUUACACACUCAUCUGGAGCAAGUUGCUGACUUAAGAGCCAGUACUGAACCUCCAAAAACAUAAACAUAGAAUAUGUUAUAUUCGCGGCUAUGGGGUCUCACUCAUCAAAACAAUUAUAAAAGACAAAGUUAGACCUUUUGGAGUAGCGUGGGACCAGUGGAGUGAGAUUCUCUGAUAACUUAAGAAUAUUGUUGAAAACAUUUAGAAUAAUGUUAGUACACAAUUUAACAAAAUAAUAUAACAUAGUUGUAGUGUUUAAUGCUGAAAUGUUACAUAUUAUAGCUUUAAAGCACAUUUUUAUUUUCUGGUAAUCCUUUGUGAUCAAUAUUUAUUACCUGACAGAAUGACCUUUUCUUUCUCUAAAGCCAGGUUAUUCAUUGUGAUUUUGUUGCUCCUUUUUUUCACCUGACAAAAUGAAAUGCACAGAUUUUAAGCACAUUUGAUGGUCCAUUUUGAGAUACAGUAUUCUUACCUUUAAACCACUUUAACCUUACUGGUAUCUCAUCAUGAGAGAAAAACUCAAAGACAGGACAACUACUAUUUUUUAGUCACUGCUGAUCUCAGCGCUAUAAAUCCAGCGAUGGCAUUCUGUGCUACUUGUGACGUCUAAGCUUAGUUUUCCCAUCUAAAACCUUCUAAAGUUGCCACACACAGCAUAUUCUAAAAAUAUUCAACAAAGACACACUUAGACACAUAGAUUAAUCAGUAUUUAUCCUCAACGUCUGCAUUGUUAAGUUGGUUAAAAUAAAUGUUUUACGUCAGCAGUAUGGAAAUGGCAAGGCUUGAAAUGCAGACGUGUCCCCAGUGGUAGUGAGACAUUUUGGGGUUUAGUUAUCAGCUCCACCAGGUGGAGCCAGAGAUUAUAGCUGCCUCCUAAUUAGCAUGUUUCCUUCAUUUAGUGCUGUUGACUCUGAAAGGUAGCCUUAACAUUUGGCACAGUGGGACUGUACAGCACUGGCUGUACUGGAAAAUGGAUCCAGCUGCAGUUAAUCACCUGUGAGCAGAAGGUGAAAGUGGAAACUGUUUCUUAUUCAGUCUGGUACUCACUGGUACACUGUGAGUCAUUACAGCAGUGUAAAUGUUGGGGCUUUCAAACAAAUGACCUGAAACAAUACUGUUACUGUAGAAUUAUUGAGCAGGGAGAGCUGCCAGACACUGCCAAGAGGUUCAGUGUUUGAACCAAGUCCAAUAAAAAUUCUGAUGUCGAUGUAUAAAACCAGACCAAAACGAGCUUGAUGUCAAAUCUGAAUCCAAGACGACACCUUUGAGACUCAUACAUUACCCAGAUAGCAAAAUAAUGCACAAACCUUCUGCUUUAUUUAGAAAUAAUGGACAUUUUUUUGCAAUUAUGGAAAGCAGUAUUUACAGUAACAAACAUAUAAUUUCUUCUAAAUACGUUUGUGAUUAUGCUGUGCUACACCUACUGAAGAAAUACAGCCCAGGAGAAUAAAUACCAUAAUUAGAUGCACCAUACCGGCCUCCUCUUGUGAUCAUCUAUUAUUUAUGUUGCAACAAAAUGUCAUGGUAGGUUUGAGCAGUCGAAACAAUCUGUCUGCAUGGGCAGCACUGUUUGGGCGUUUCCGUUCCUGGCUCGGGGGAGUGUUGGGAGUUGAACUGGAGCCCACAGUGGAUAUUUCUUGUGCCAGAUAUGAAUACACAGAUGUUCUCUUGUGUCAUGAUGAUGAAUUGGAGGGGAGGCGCGUUGCUUUCAUCCUGUAUCUCGUGCCUCCCUGGCAAAGCAGCGAUGGAGGAACCCUCGAUCUUUACACAACUGACAGUAAUUUCCAACCGCAGAGCAUAGUGAAGUCACUCGUACCUUCUUUGAACACCCUUGUCCUCUUUGAAGUUUCUCCAGUCUCCUUUCACCAAGUGUCCGAGGUUUUGACGGAGGACAAGUGUCGUCUGUCUCUGAGUGGCUGGUUUCACGGGCCGUCUCUGGAGCGUCCUCCUCGCCACACAGAGGCCCCCGUCCAACGGAGCCCACACUUACCAAGAGACGAAACGUUGCUUCUGGAGUGGGUCAAUCCAGUCUACCUGGACAUAUCCUAUCAAGAGCAGAUCCAGGAGGAGUUUGAGGACAGCUCUGAAAUUCAGCUCAAAGAUUUUCUCAAGGAGGAGAAGUUCAGGGAGGUGAGUGAAGCCCUGCGACUCGCUCAGAUUCAGUGGACAAAGAGGGGUCCGCCCAAUAAGAGGUGCUAUGAAGUGGCUUCUCUGGACACUCUGCCUCAGUGUGUGAGUGCAUGUUGGGAGCUCCUUCGUUCAGAGGCCUUCUUCCUGCUUCUCUCCAACUUCACCGGCCUUCGAUUGCACUACCUGUGUCCUGCUGAUGAGGAUGAUGAAGAGAAAGAUGAAGAGAAGGAGGAGAAAAAGGAGCAAGAGGACGUAGUAGACGGAGAAGCCACGGGAUCUUCAACCGAAUCACAAUCAGUGAAUACAAGCAGAGAGAAAGAGCUGAGCACACCUGUAUGUUGUGGUGAACUGCGUCGAUGGUCUCAUGGCUGCUACACUCUGUUGCAUGAUGGAGAAGCAGCGCGGGCAGAAUAUGCUCUGGACCUUGUUUUGCCUUUUUGCAGCCCUGACUGGCAGUCAGAUUUUGGAGGCUUCACGUGUUAUGUUGCUAAUGAGGAGGACGAGGAGCUGCUGACGGUGUAUCCAGAGGACAAUUCCCUCGCCCUCGUGUACAGAGACAAAGAAACUCUCAAAUUUGUCAAACAUGUCAACCACAAGAGCUCUUCGGAUUCUACUAAUAAUUCUACCAGCAGAGCGUUGUAUGACUUCUCUUUUGUGUACUAUGAAUAAAUAUACAGUAUCUGUAUGUA